AUGGGCAAUUGCUUCAAACCACAUGCUAAUCAAGCCAGUGAGGGAGGUUCAAGGGAGAGGUUGGCAGUGCAUGGCGAAGGAUCUUCGAGAGCGAGAGCGAGUUACAGUCAUAUAAAUUCAAGGGGAAGACUAUCAAGGAGUUCCUCAAACAGAGGGGAAGAAAGCAGAUUCAGAGACCGGUUUGAUAGUAACGAUAGGAGACAAUUGUUACUUCAUAGUCAAUCAAACAGUUCUAUGCCAAUUCAUGCUGAUGAUUUUGAUGAUAUAAGGAACAGGAUGGAAUUUGUUUUCCGCGCACAACAUCCUGGCUUAAGAGGGAUUGCAAGAGGUAGACAAGGUGAGCAAGUUGCUGCGGGGUGGCCUGCAUGGUUAUCUGAAGCGGCUUGUGAAGCUAUCCAGGGAUGGAUACCAAGAAAAGAGGAUUCUUUCGAAAGACUGGAUAAAAUUGGCCAAGGUACUUACAGUAAUGUGUAUCGAGCCCGUGAUUUGGAAGAAGGGAAAAUUGUUGCAUUAAAAAAGGUCAAAUUCGACAGUUGCGACUCUGCAAGCAUUCGGUUUAUGGCUAGAGAGAUCCACAUCCUACGGAGACUUCAGCAUCCAAACAUCAUAAAACUGGAAGGUGUGGUUGUAUCCGAGAUGUCAUGUACUGUGUACCUCGUUUUCGAGUACAUGGAACAUGAUCUCGCAAGACUUCUUUCUCGGCCUGGUCUGACGUUUACUGAACCACAGAUUAAAUGCUACAUGAAGCAAAUGCUGCGCGGCCUCGACUAUUGCCACCGUCACGGUAUUUUACAUCGGGAUAUCAAAAGUUCGAACCUUUUAGCCGGGAGCGAUGGCAUUCUCAAGAUAGCAGAUUUUGGCCUGGCGAAUUUUUACAAUCAGCGCCAAGUUGAACCUAUGACGAAUCGUGUUGUGACGCUUUGGUACCGACCACCCGAGCUAUUACUUGGUGCAACUCGUUAUGGCACUGCAAUAGAUUUAUGGAGUACUGGCUGCGUGCUUGCUGAGUUCUAUGCUGGGGAGCCUAUUAUGACAGGAAGAACAGAGGUGGAACAAUUGCAAGAGAUUUUCAAGCUUUGUGGCUCACCUUCAGAAGAAUUUUGGAGAAACUGCAAAUUACCUCAUGCAACCCGUUCCAGACCUCAACAACCUUAUAAAAAAUGUAUUGCAGAAAGAUUUAAAGACUUUCCUGCACCAGCAAUAGAUCUUAUAGAGACCCUGCUUUCAAUAGAUCCUGAUGAUCGGCCGUCAGCAGCUCAAGUUUUAAACAGUGAGGUAAUAAGUAGUUUGUCAAGUUAGGUUCCUCGUAUAAUAAUUAGUCUCUUGUUAAUUGGAUCUUCUUGAUCAUAGUUUUAUUUCAGGGUAAUUAGAUAUGAGCAAGCAUUCUCUAAUACCAAUGUGUUUGUUAUAAUUUUCUUGCUUAGCUGUCGGUUAAUGCAAGUCUUGGUUUAUGUGGAUGUGGCAGUUCUUUUGGUUACAGCCACUUGCUUGCGAACCUGCAGAGAUGUCAAAAUAUCAGUCUAGUAGAGUGAUGGAUGCUAGAGUAC